AACACCGACUCUCCUUUUUAUAAACACGAAUUGGCCAAUAUCGUAUCUCUCUCACUGGAACGCGAAGAAGAAGAGGCAACGAAAGAAACCCUUCCCAAAUCUCUUCUUCCUUUUGUUCCAAAACAUAACCUGUGUCAAUUUAUUUUCCUGAUUUGAGUUUUCUUCUCUCCUUCAAAUUUCUGAUCUCAAAUCAGUUAACAUAAAAGAAAAGAAACAAUGGCCACUAUUAACGGGUACCAAGGCAACACACCCGUAGCCACUCCGGCGGCGACCCAAUCGAAGCAGACUUUGCCAACGGUGAACACCGUUGAUACACAAUCUGUGCUUAAGCGGUUGCAAUCUGAAUUAAUGUCACUAAUGAUGAGUGGAGAAUCUGGGAUAUCUGCGUUUCCUGAGGAGGAUAACAUAUUCUGCUGGAAAGGAACAAUCACUGGAAGUAAAGAUACAGUUUUUGAGGGAACAGAAUACAAGCUAUCUCUGUCUUUCCCAAAUGACUAUCCCUUCAAGUCACCAAAGGUGAAAUUUGAAACCAGCUGCUUCCAUCCUAAUGUGGAUGUCUAUGGCAACAUAUGCUUGGACAUUCUUCAGGAUAAAUGGUCAUCUGCUUACGAUGUUAGGACAAUACUGCUGUCUAUCCAGAGUCUACUUGGAGAGCCCAAUAUAAGUUCGCCUCUAAACACUCAAGCAGCUCAACUUUGGAGCAAUCAAGAAGAAUAUAGGAAGAUGGUGGAGAAGUUAUACAAGCCUCCAAGUGCAUAGUUCUGAUGAAAAGGAGAUGGCAGUUUAGGUGCAGAAGCUUUAUACAGACCUCUUUUUCUUCAAUGUGGAAGGGGAUGGGUGUAAACGAGCUUUUUUUUCUUUUUUUCUCAUUUUUUCCAUUUGUGUUUCAAUGUGUGCCUUUUUCAUCUUUAUAGUGCUCUUUACCCUGAUUCAAAUUCAAUAGCCUCAUCUCAAUGGAAUGAAUAUAUAAUUGUUCCUCUAUGUUCUCUCUAUCUCUCUCUCUCUCUCUUUCUUUCUCCGAUACUCAAUAUAAGAUAGUUUUCGAGGA